AUGGUCAACCAAAUUAAUGGUGUCAUCCCAGUUCUCAUGACGCCCGCGGAAAUCGCGCCAAUAAUCAACAAUGGACUCGAAGAAUGUCAGACUCCAAAGCAGCGAACGGCUUGUUUUUGCGAAACAGCCAAGGCUUCUGGCAGACCAUCCUUACUAGCCGAAGACGUUUCUGGCAUACCAUAUUGGCUGAGUGAGGGUCUUUCUGGCACAUCAUGUGCAGCCAACGAUUUUACGAUCAGUCACAACUCGAAGCAGAACACUCUCCAUCACGAUACUUCCACCUCCCUUCUCCCGAGAUCAUAG